CCUAGCAAGAGGGAAGGGCCAGUGACGCCCCCGAACCCAGCUGCAGAAGCUGCCGCCACCUCCAAUGCACAAGGUGUCUCAUCUGAAAAGAAACCUGAGCCCCAGGGAGGAGGCGCUGAGCGACCCUGGCAGAGCUGGCGCGAACGGGGCGAGAGGUCGCUGGGCAGCGCUCGAGGACAGAGGGAGCUCGGCCACAGAAGACCCCAGCGAUCUGAUCCUGGGAUCCCGGCUCCAAGCUCUCCUCGCAUUUUACAGAUUUCAACCCCGCGACUAUCUCCCCAAAACGGAGUCUUUAUAUCAAGAGAAGGUGCCGGAGCUGGGGCAACCAGGACUUUCCCGGGCACCCAAGAUGCGCUCCAUUAGGAAGAGGUGGACGAUCUGCACAAUAAGUCUGCUCCUGAUCUUUUAUAAGACAAAAGAAAUAGCAAGAACUGAGGAGCACCAGGAGACGCAACUCAUCGGAGAUGGUGAAUUGUCUUUGAGUCGAUCACUUGUCAAUAGCUCUGAUAAAAUCAUUCGAAAGGCUGGCUCUUCAAUCUUCCAGCACAAUGUAGAAGGUUGGAAAAUCAAUUUCUCUUUGGUCCUAGAGAUAAGGAAGAACAUACUUCGUUUCUUAGAUGCAGAACGAGAUGUCUCAGUGGUCAAGAGCAGUUUUAAGCCUGGUGAUGUCAUACACUAUGUGCUUGAUAGGCGCCGGACACUAAAUAUUUCUCAUGAUCUACAUAGCCUCCUACCUGAAGUUUCACCAAUGAAGAAUCGCAGGUUUAAGACCUGUGCUGUUGUUGGAAAUUCUGGCAUUCUGCUAGACAGUGAAUGUGGAAAGGAGAUUGACAGUCACAAUUUUGUAAUAAGGUGUAAUCUAGCUCCUGUGGUGGAGUUUGCUGCAGAUGUGGGAACUAAAUCAGAUUUUAUUACCAUGAAUCCAUCAGUUGUACAAAGAGCAUUUGGAGGCUUUCGGAAUGAGAGUGACAGAGAAAAAUUUGUGCAUAGACUUUCCAUGCUGAAUGACAGUGUCCUUUGGAUUCCUGCUUUCAUGGUCAAAGGAGGAGAGAAGCACGUGGAGUGGGUUAAUGCAUUAAUCCUUAAGAAUAAACUGAAAGUGCGAACUGCCUAUCCAUCAUUGAGACUUAUUCAUGCUGUCAGAGGUUACUGGCUGACCAACAAAGUUCCUAUCAAAAGACCCAGCACAGGUCUCCUCAUGUAUACACUUGCCACAAGAUUCUGUGAUGAAAUUCACCUGUAUGGAUUCUGGCCAUUCCCUAAGGAUUUAAAUGGAAAAGCGGUCAAAUAUCAUUAUUAUGAUGAUUUAAAAUAUAGGUACUUUUCCAAUGCAAGCCCUCACAGAAUGCCAUUGGAAUUCAAAACAUUAAAUGUGCUACAUAAUAGAGGAGCUCUAAAACUGACAACAGGAAAGUGUGUAAAGCAAUAAAGCACAUUUUGAAACAAACAAUAUGCACUUCUUUUCUGAAGAUGCUUCCGGAGAUUUGAAAAUAGGAUCCAAAACACGGCUGGGUUUCAGCAUCCACCAAUUAACUGAAAGGUGAAUAAAGGACGUUCAUGAGAAAUCGACUACCAGCUGAUGAAAUACCUGCAAAGUGCUCUAAAAAUUAAAUAUUUUGACUUCAAGGGUCCUAGUAAGUGCCACUUCCACUAAGAAUACAGUUUGAAUGUAUAAUCAGUAGUGUUUACAAGAUCCAACAGUGCACUCAUCAUUAGUUAACAAAGCAAAUAUGUUUAUCACUGUCAGGCUGCCCACAGCAACGCCAAGCACAUCAGAAGAGGAACCCCAGGAACAUAACUCUGACCUUGGGAAAUUAAACCAUCCUUGUCAGCAGAAACCAAGAUGGAAGCAGUUUGAGCAAUGAAAUCCAUAAGAUUAAACAACUCAAGUAAAUGCCUUCAGUCAGGACUCUGAGUCUGAUCAUGAAUUUUAUGUUUUAAUUUAUGUUUUUGUUUGUCUUCUGGGAUCUCUUUUGUUUUGGGUAUUAGGGUGCUUAGAAAUCCUUUCUGAGAUACAUAUGAAUGAGGAAAGAAACUUUAAGUAAUUAUUUUUAAAGUUCUUAUACUUUUUAAAAGCUAUCACACAAAGAUUUUAUUUUAUUUUAUUUUAUUUUAUUUUUGAGAGGGAGUCUCCCUCUGUCGCCCAGACUGGAGUGCAGUGGUGUGAUCUCAGCUCACUGCAAGCUCCGCCUCCCAAGUUCACGCCUUUCUCCGGCCUCGGCCUCCUGAGUAGCUGGGACUACAGGCGCCUGCCACCACGCCCGGCUGAUUUUUUGUAUUUUUAGUAGAGAUGGGGUUUCACUAUGUUAGCCAGGAUUGUCUCUAGAUCUGCUGACCUCGUCAUCUGCCCACUUCGGCUUUCCAAAGUGCUGGGAUUACAGGCGUGAGCCACUGCACCCGGCCGACUUUCUAAAAAGUUUUAUUUUGCACAACUCUAAACCUGCAUAAUAUUUUCCAGUGGUGUAGAAGGUACCAGCUAAAGUGAACCACUAUGUAAUAUUAGGCCAUUCUAAAGGAAAGAUGUUCCAUGUCAUCAGAGAUGGUAAAAUAGACAGAAUAAAAAAAAAAAAGAAAAAAAGAAAAAAAGAUCUUUGGUACCAAAGAUUACGCUUGCGUUUCUACACAGCAAACCAUCUUUCUUUCAUGAAAAUAAUAUAUUAUUAACAUGAAUAUAUUAUUUUGCUAUUAAUGUGAAAGUUGUCUCUAAAUAUUUUUAAAUUUCCAAACUCAGCUUUAUUUUCAUUUGAAAUGUUUUUCACACCUUUUGCAUUACAUAAUAAUUUUGUGGAAGCAUUUUGCCCUUUAGAAUAAAUAUUAGAUUGAUAUAGCUGAAAUGUGACGUCCAGUUCUUUGAUAUUCCCCUUGUUAUUCAAAUAGAAAUAUGGAAAUGCUUCAUAUAUUACUGUUAAAUUUCUUAGUGCAGAAAUAACAUUAUUAAUAGAGUAUUGUUUUCAAAACAGAGAUGAUUGAUUUCAAGAGGUUUAACAAUGAAAUUGUGUGUCAAUAUUUUGCAUUUAAAAUGAAUUUAAUUGACCAAUAUUUUCUGUAGUUAAAUUUAGUCACAAUAUCACAUGUGUUCUUCAAGAAACACAUGAAAUUAUUAAUAAAGUAAUUUAAAAAUUUUUAAUGUAUAACAGAAUUGACCGGUAGGCCAGUUUUCUGGUAACUUACGAUAGUGGAGUGUUUCUUUAGAAAGCAGAAGCACUGCAUUCUCACUUCUACUUUGAUUUCCUAUUUCUUGGGGAGGCAAUUUGAGGAAAGAAGAAAUGCACGGGGAAUAUAUAUGUUUUGUUUCUUAGGGAAAACAAUCUGAGAAAUGAAUAAAAAGCAUGAAGUGUGUGUGUGUGUGUUACCAUGGAAAAGGAUAUUCACAGUAGUACAGUUCUCAAUAUUUUUAAUGAGAUGCCAUCUUUAAAAAAUAUAGUAAAACCUUGGGAUAUAGAAUGUUACAUCUUUUGAGAAUGUAUGUGUCUCUAAGUAAGUGAAAUCUAAUGCGUAUAGGAGGCUGAUAGCUAAAAAUGAAUGGAACAUUAAUGUACUUUUAUAAUUAAACCUCUUAUCUAUUGGAAAUUGUAAGAGAAUAGAUACAUGUUUUGAAUGUAAAGUUGAAAAGUCUGGUUUACUUAACAAAUUGCAAGUGAUUUAUAAAAUCUAAAUUUGGACUACUUGCAAAUGAUAAGCUGUUCAAGUAGCCUUUAAUUUAAAUCCAACAGAAAUCUAGAAGUCACAAGCAAAUAUCUUAUAGGUAAAAUCCAUCUGGGCACUUAAAGUUUGUCUUUAAAAAGCAGCAGCAAUGUACCUUGCCAUUUUUAGCAUAUUUUCUUCCUUUUUUCUUUCUUUCUUUCUUUUUUUUUUUGAAAUGGAGUCUCACUCUGUCACACAGGCUAGAGUGCAGUGAUGCCAUCUCAGCUCACUGCAGCGUCCACCUCCCAGGUUCAAGUGAUUCUUGUGCCUCAGCCUCGUGAGUAGCUGGGAUUACAGGCGCCCAUAACCACACUUGGCUAAUUUUCUAUAGUAGAGACGAAGUUUCACCAUGUUGGCCAGGCUGGUCUUGAACUCCUGACUGCAAGUGAUCCACCCACCUCAGCCUCCCAAAGUGCUGGGAUUACAGGUGUGAGCCACUGCAGCCGGAUCAUUUUUAGUAUAUUUUUAAUAAAUAUAUUUAAACAAUGUUAAGGCCACAGCACACAUAUCUCAGCCAUUAAUUGUUCUGUGCAUUGAUGUUUAUCUCAUAGAUGCAUUGAGUAGUGCCUUUUUAGCUUUUUCACAUUGCUUUGUUACUACUGUAUCCUUUGUGUUCCCUAAAUACAUUGCCCACUUCCAAAAAUGUUCAGCAUGAAAAAAAGGGCUUCAGUAUCAACUGAGACUACUUUUGUUCAUCUCAGGGAACUUUCAAUAGUCAAGAAUGAAUUCAGUUAAAAGUAUUUAGGGUUCAAAGAAGACAAACCGUACAAGCCCAUUUCAUUCCUUGUUGUAUACCUUUCCAUCUGCCCUCCCGCUUUCACUGUCUACUGUGGCCUUUUUAUAGGAACAGAGCAAGAUCAAUGAAGGCUAAUGGCAAGAAUAAGAAAACGAGUUGAUAUUUAACCAAUAGCAGAGCAUAAAGGAUCAUAACAAAAUCAAAUUUUAAAAGCAUACUUGAAAUAAGUGGAGUUUUUUUUACUUUGAAAAUAUCAUAUAUUCACAAUUUUAAUAUUUUAAUUUAUUUUUUACUAUUUAACCCUGUACCUGGCAAUGCUCAGGCAGCUGAUUGUGAAAUACUCCUGUCCUUUACAGAACAUGGUUGUUAUUGUGCUGUUGACAUGAAUAGACCAUGGAAACAUUUUCAUCGUUAUUACUCAGCCUGUGCUGUAAUUAAUGUUAAGUUGCUGAAAUGAAAAGUGAGCAAGUAAUAGAUUUUCUGGGCAAAUCUAAUGAUUCAGCCCACAGGACUGAUGAAACUACUGCGGAAGUUUUUCUAUCUGAAAGAAGGUGCUGGGCAUUCAAAUGUCUUCAUGUAUUGUAUAUCAUAUGAAUUGUAUAUCAAUUACUAAUGGGAAUUUCUACAUAUAUGCUUACAACAGCAAUUUAUUUAAGUAAUGCUAGGGGUAGUGUACAUACCAAUUAGUUAUUCAGCUACUAUACAGAAAAAGGAUGAACAAAUUAAUUUAUUUCUAAUUGAGUCAGUUCGACAUAAUGCAUAUAACGUGAUACUUGGUUCAUAAAAGAGUUGUUUUCAUGUGGUUUUUGUAGGGAGUAUAUGUAAUUGUGGAAGGGGUAUGGGAAGAGUUGUGUAUAGUUAGUUGUUAUCUCUACAAGUUUGAAAGUUUUCCCAUCAAACAUUAUCAAUAUCCCAACGUUUUAAAAAUUGAGUGAGGGUUAUUAUUUGUAUUUGAUGAAAGAAAAUCCAAAUAAAACCCACCUAGAAAUAGAUAUUUUAUUAUAUAUGUGCUAUAGAUAUAACUAUAUAGUACAAAUAGACAUGUGUGAUGCAUAUAUACAAUGUUAUAUAUGUGUAUAUGUGUUUAUACACACUGAGUCUGUAAUAUGUACACACUAGAUUUGUGUUAUGCUAACAUCUUCAGGGUCUGCACUGUGAACUACCCUGGAGAUAAGUAAGGCCACUUUAGAAUAAAGAAGUUCUUUUGAGACUUCAGUUACUAACCUGCUUUAAGAGGUAUCUACUUUAUAACUGAAUUCUAUGUUGUUCAUAUGUAGAGUUACAGUAAGGGUCUAGUAUGUCCAAAUCUUAAAAAUAAUAAUAAAGAAGAAAAGUAAAGCCUUCAAGCUAGCAAUGUAUUCGAAUUACAGUUUUCAGACUGUGGCUCUAGGCCUUGUGUUUUUCAUUUAAGUAACACCUUUUAAUAAAAACCGUUUCUUUGUGUAGGCAAAAGCACAAGUGUUUCAAAUGUAAAUAGCAGGAAAAAAAGAGUUUACAGAGAUAGCAUUGCUGCACACAAUAAUUGCUACUGAGUAUUUCUUAUAGAAUUUGUGGAAUUGAAAGAUGAGGUUUAUUCUGUCAAGUUCAUUCUGUUCAACACUGUUUUCUUAUUGUUUGUGUAUAGCAACCGGGUGUUAUUGUUUUAUCAUUUGUAAAAUUGUAAAAUAAAUUAAAUCCCUUUUUUUCACUG